UGAGUCUGUGUGUCUGUGUGUGUGUGCGUGUGUGUGUGUGUGGUUUUGCUUUGACUACCCUUUAAGUCAAAUAGUCUGUCUUGAGGCCAGGGAUGAUCACUCGAGAUACACAGAUGGUCCCCAGUGAGGCAGGAUAAUGGAAGAGAAUGCCUGAGAGUGAAUGUUUGAUGUUAUAGUGUGAGCAGCAUGAAGGAUCUGACCCUUUUUGUGGGUCUAAUUUUCAGAAUACGUUCCAGUGCUGUGCGGUUGUUCAGCCUUUGCAGGUUUUGAGGGUCAGAACCAGGUGACAAUGGCCUAUGGUUGUUGUACUGCUUUCGGUCUUUACACCCUUGUCUUCUUAUGCUGUCUCCAAAUAUUAACCUCGCACCGUUUGGGAAGCCUUACAGUCAGUGUCCGGGACCAAGGCUGAGGAGAGACAGCAACUUCUGAGCACCUUUGUAUCUUUGGUUUCAGGCUGAUGGUUAAAGAUGAGAAGGUGGUGCUAGACAAGUUUGACUUGACGGACUACGAGAAAUGUGAAGAAUUGCGCAAACCUAAAAGCCGAAGCAAGAAGAAUCACAGCAAAUUCAUGUUGCUGCGGAGUGAACAGCCUGGUAACACGGUCCCAAACCUGGUCUUCCUAGCUGUGAGCCCUGAGGAGAAAGAAUCCUGGAUUAAUGUUCUGAGCAGUGCGCUCAGUCAAGCAAAGAAUCAUGUCCUUGAUGAGGUCACUGUUGACGAGGAAAGCUUUCUCGCUCACCCAACACGAGACCGCGUGAAGAUCCAGCACGCUCGCCGACCGCCCACUCGUGGUCACUUGAUGGCAGUGGCUUCUACCUCCACAUCUGAUGGCAUGUUGACUCUCGAUCUGAUCCAGGAGGAGGAUAUAGCCCUGGAUCACCGCGGGACUUGUGCAGAUGGUUCCUGUACCAACCACCUUGGUACCAGCCAGCACAAACUGAACUAUGAAAGCUCCACUAAAACCUCAGAGAAGGGAAACACGGUGACAGAGAAGGAUUGUUCCUCCAGGGUGGGCAGACUGCAGAAGAGAGGAGACAGCUGGCAGAGGGAAUCCGCCACCUCUCUAGAUCGGGAGGGGAGCUCCUCACCAGACAUUCCAAAAAAACUACCCUUUGCAGAGUUAAACAAGUGUGCAUCAGAGGAAAUUCUGUCACGAGCCGGAUCUACGAACAAGUCUGCAUUACGGAAAGGCUUUGCCACUCAGUCGAGCAAUAUAGAAUGGGAGAAACUAGGGCGGGUCAGGGAACUCAUUAUACUGAAACUGGAGGGAACUCAGCAGCUGUUACUGGAGGCUGGCGGCCAUGGGAGCCGGAAAAGGCAGAACAGAGACUCCCCAGGGGUAUCAGAGGGGCAGGUCGCUCCGAAUGACGCUGAGUGGCUACUCACUGAGGCUCUGUCCAACUGGAACCAAGCCAAGCAGGUUCUGCAGGAGGUUAAGGAACUGAGGGACCUCUGCAAGAAAUCAGCUCGAAUGUACGCAGAACCAGCACUGGGGUCAGCCAGCCAACCUCCUUACAGGGGAAGUCUGAUGUGAACUUCCCAGGUCUACAAUGUGUGUCUUGGUAAUCCUCCUUCUCUUGUCCAAAUGGAAGACUUUGAGCAUGCUGGCAAAGGGUCGCUUGGUUUCGCCGUGACCUUAACUUGGAUUUAGUCCUGCAGGAACAGAUGGGUCUUAUGGCCUGAACUUGUGCCAUCCUAUCUGGAAGGGAAGAGCUAUGAAUUCACCUCAUUCCACCAAGGACGCGGUUGUCUGUGAUGAGGAUUGGAAAUUUUUCAAUGCAAAGCCUAUGUAACAAAGUGGAGGGAAUGGCAUCUGAAACAAAUUUGGCCGAGUGUUUUGGGGUUGGUUGAGGGUGAGGGAUGGAAACCCCAAAAGCUUGUAGGGGUGAGACUGCCCUGAGAACUGGGAAAAGUAGAAGGACCCUUUCCUUUCUUGUUGGUUAUCAGUAUUUCCACCUUGAAACAACAUCGGGAUAAGGUUUUACACAAAAACAAAGUACGGCAGAUCCUGGAGAUUUGGAAAUAAAAACUAAAAGUGCAGGAAAUACACAGCAGGUUACACUGCAUCUGUGGACAGAAAAACACAGAUAAGAUUUCAGAUCACCAGAAGGCUGAUGAAAGGUCACAAUCUGAAAUGUUACCUCCAUUUCGAUCUCCAUGGAUGCUGUCAAACUUAUUGCCCACUUCCAGCAUUUUCUGUUUUUAAUUUCAGGAUCGUCUACUCAGUACCAGAGAUCCCAUGAUCCAGACCUUUUAAAGGAGCUGUCCUGGAUAUGUCAAAAUUUGAAAACUGGCUAUCAGUCCCUGACAUGGAGAUUUAUUUUCCAACAAUAUUAAAUGUCAGUGAAUAACCUCAGAACUCAAACAAGCCACCCCACAAUCCCACUUAUGCCUUUGUUUCUUCUUUCCUAACCAACCAAACAGCAUUAUUACUGCCCUCCCCUCCUCACCCAUGCUCCGAGCUUUAGCACAUCGAUAACUCAGUGGUUUGCACCGCUGCCUCAUAGCUCCAGGGACUCAGGUUCGAUUCCACCCUCGGGCGACUGUCUGUGUGGAGUUUGCACGUUCUCCCCGUGUCUGCGUGGGUUUCCUCCGGGUGCUCCGGUUUCCUCCCACAGUCCAAAGGUGUGCAGGUCAAGGUGGAUCAGCCCCUAGUGGCUAGGGAUAUGAAGGUUAGCCCUCAGAAAUGUGGGGCUACAGUGUGGCUGGGUGGGACGCUUUGCGGAGGUUCAGGGUGGACUUGAUGGACCAAGUUGCCUGCUUCCUAUCUGUAGGGAUUCUGUGAUAUCCUGCCCAUCUUUUCUUCAUCCCCGCCCCUAACAACUCCUCACCUUCCGCGCCCCCCCCCCCUCACAACCCCACUCCAGUUCCUAGCCUGUCUCACCUAUCUUCCCUUCAGCUGUAUCCUGCCCCGGUGAGGAUUGUCCUUGUGAGGAUCAAAUACGGGUGCCACAUCUCCUCCUGGGCAGCAACCUUAGUGGGAGGUGAAUAAACUUGACCAUUGG